AUGGGUCUCUGUCUUUUCCCCUUCGGUGGGCUUGUUAGCUGCGUACAGACAUUCCUUGGCGUCUCAACUGCGGUCAUGCUGCAUUUUCACCUUAGGCGGCGGGCUUCAAACUCCAUUCAAUUCCGAUGCAGAGGAUUCAAGGCUCUGUGA